AUGGUAUUCUGUAACUUUGUUAAACUGGUCAAAUGCAGUGAGAAAAUACAAUUUUUUCAAAGUUCCUACCCUUAUUUAAAAAACCACAAUGCCUUAAGUCAGUUUCAUCAAUUCUAUAAUUCUAAAUGGUUUAAUGAAGAUCCACACCCUUCAGCUACACCCAGAAACUUUUUAGGUAUAGAUACCGGUCAUUAUGGAUUGUAUUUCACUAUAUUUAACCAUGAUAGUGAUAAAAACAAGAGAAAACAGCAUAGCAGUAGUCUAAAGUAUAACUAUGAUCAGCUUGCGGAUGGGAAUUCGCAACACAGAUUAUUUGACAAUUUCACCAAGUUUAUUAUACUGCAAGCGAAUCAGGAUAUAUAUAAUAACAUCAGCUACUUGAAGACGGUAUCAAGAGAUUUUUUGUCGACAUUGUCCAUAAUAAGACCUAAAUUUUCUGUUAAUACCACGAGGAGAUUUUCAACCGUCGCAAUAAGAAAUCAUCAGCAUCAUCAACAUCAACAACAAAUAAAUGAAACAGCAUACGAAGAAUUAAUCGAAGACAAGGAAGAAGACUUUGAAUCAAACUUGUUGCGCACACAAAUUUCCAAUAUCGAAGCAAUAUAUGCCAAACAAGACCCCACGGAGUUAAAUUUAAUAUAUCCUUUAUACCAAACAUUGAAGAGAAACUGUUUACAACUUCCAUCAAUAUAUUUAUACAACAUCGUGUUAAAAUCCAUAGUGGAGAGAAAAUUAGAUAAUGAUGCAAAAACGUUUGAAAAUAUCGAAUCCCGCUUGACCAAUCUUUUGACUGUUUAUCAAGAUAUACUAGUAGGCUCAAGUGAACAAGUAAAGCCAAACAAAGAAACCUAUGAGAUUGUACUUAAUGAAUUAUUAAGGGGGAGUUUACAAACGAUAAAAUUAGGAAAUAUGUCGGACUGCCCUCAAUCAGUAUACAACGAAUCGUUCAUUAAAAGUCAGGAAUUUUCCCAAAUCGGGAUUGAAUUAUUCUUGUCUAUUAACAAAAUUGAGAACUUAGAUUUAUCAAUGAUCUUGCCGCAGUUAUUUUCCAUAUUGAAUGUUCAUUCAAACUUAAUUACGAAGGAUUUGUUUGUAAAGAUUUUAAACUUGAAUGAUAACGUCAAUUCUGAAUCAGGAAUCUAUUAUAUUGGUCUAAUUGGGUUGUCGAGAUAUUUCAGUAAAUUACAGUUUUUUCAACUGAAGGAGGAAUUUUAUAACUUUAUCCUUUCGACUUAUCAAAGUUAUAAGAAUAAUUCACAGUCAUUUGAGAAAUUAGCGUUAUACGAAUACGAUGUUUAUUCUAUUUUAGUACUGUCGUUGGUUAAAUCCGAUAAUUUUCCAUUAGCAACCAAAUUCUUAGAUGAUAUUUUGGUAGAUUAUAAGAGUUCUUUACACUCUUUCAAAUCUCCAUAUAUUUCAAAAAAGCAGAUUUCAAACCUUUUAUCUGCUUACUUGGAUUCAAUUAUGAGUCAAAAUUAUAGCCGUGAUAAUUUGAACAAAUCUUACAAUUUAUUGAAAAAAUUUAAUGAACUUUCUUAUAUUCCUGAAUUAUCGGUAACUCUAUAUAAUAACAUGAUUAAUCAAUUUGUUAAUCAGUAUCAUCUUCUUGAAAAUGAGAAGUACGAAUUAGCCAAAACAUCGCCAGAAAAAAUCGAAGCAAUCUCUAAGCUACAGGCUAGUUACUAUGGAAUUAUGUGGAACUUGUAUAGCUAUCUUGCUAUUAGAAAGGAUUAUCAUCACCCACUGGAUAUGGAUUCCGUCUCUUUAAUAUUGACCAACAAAACGUUCAACUGCCGUGAAUAUUUGUUAUCGUUAAGUAUUGAUUUGGGUGAUCAUGAAAAAGUUUUCCAAAUAAUCAAGGAAAUUUUAUUAAAGAAUCAUUUGAUUCAAGACAUAAAUGUGCUUAAAAAGCUCAACAACUAUUUAUAUAUCGGCUCAACUAACAAUGGAUUUAACGCCUAUUACUUUGAAUUGAUGUCCAACAUAAUCGAGAAUCAAGCUGUUCACUAUGCGAAUAAUUCAAAAUUAUUGAACAAUUAUGUUUCUGAAAUUAUCAAUUAUUUAUUGUUGCAGAAUAAUGAAUACAAUGUUAAGUUAUUACUCAACUCAGUAAUGGUCAAUGAGGCAUUUUCUGAUUUUGACCUACAAUCUGAUAAUAUCUAUGGGGUACUGCAAAUUUCCAAAUUCCUAAUUCAAUAUAUUAAUUCGGGAAUUGAAAAGGUUGAUGAACCCACGAUGUUCAAAAUUUUGCAUUUUCAAUCCUUGUUGAUCAACGAAUUUGAAAAUACUGAAAACCAUUAUAUUCAAUUGGAUUCUGAAAUGAACGAAUUCAAGGGUUUGUUGAAAGCACACUUUAUUAAUUUCAUGAGCUAUUAUAUGACGAUUCCAAGGUUUAGAGUAACCAAUGAUAUUAUCGAUGCAUGCACAUGUUGUGAUAUUGAACUUUCAUCUCCGUACUCAGAGGUAGCAAAAAGCCAUGAGGUUGAUUUUGAUUAUGAUCUAAAUUUAGCAUUUUUAUUGAAUAUCAAUUAUAAUACUGGGAUUGAAAGGUUUAUUGAUUUUUUCAACAAAGGCUACAAAUUUACAUAUUCUACGUGGAAGAUUAUAAUUAAUCAAAACUUUGUUUUAACCACUUUAGAAAAGAAUACACGUAUUGGAAUUGAUGAAUUUGUGAAUACUAUAUUGGAACUGAAUUUUGAAAUGCACGAAAAGAAUAACUUAAUCGACGCAUUAAUUAAAAUAGAGAAUGAGAAAGUUAAUAUUCAUUUGUUCAAAGCUUUAUUGAAAUUCCCGCUGAUACUUAAUAACAAUUUGUUGGAAACAUUUAUGCAAGCUAUAUAUGCGUCUCCAAAUCAGUAUUUGGCUAGCAUUUUAAAUGAGAACUUUGAAUAUUUAAUUGCACAUACUGACAAAAGAGAAUGGAUUAAUGGAUAUUUCAAAUACUUGACUAAGAAUAAAAAUCAUAACCAAAUUAACAAGGUCCUUGAGUCGGGUUAUCCAAUCCAUGACUUAAAUUUGAAAUCCCCAAUAGAUAUAGAGAUAUUGCAAUCUAUUUUUGAAACAUUCAUUGCAUCAAAAAAAUUUGAUGAGUUUAAUAGGUUGUUCAAAGACUACUUCAAUACUCCUGAAUCUAAUAAAAUUUUAAUGAAUAACAUGAAUUUGAUUAAUGUACUCAUUAAAUAUUAUACGUUAAAUGGAUCCUUUAAUUUGAUCUUGCAGAAGUUUAAACCUAUUGCAAACCAAUCCAAGGAUACCAGAAACUUGAUAGAAUUUGUUGAAUUUAUGCAAACUUUGAGUGGCGAAUCAAAACCGGUCGAAGUAGCAUCAUUUAACGAUUCAAACGAGCUAGCAAUCAACCUAAUGAAGGCCACGGACCUUCAGUCUAUGAAUGAGGUCUUUCAAUUAAACAAGAGAUUCAAUAAAAAUUCAUUAUUUGGCUUAAUGAUGAACAAUUAUAUUAAAGCUGCAACAAUUAAUGACUCGUUAGGCAUGUCUCAAUUAUCAUUAUUGAAUAAUUUUCAAAAAUCAUUGAAGUUUAUGAAAUUGAUUCGUCUAACUAAUGUAUCCGUUGAUAACUUAAAUCUUAUUAUAAAAUUCUUAGCAGUUACCAAGUCUGUUGACAAUUUAAGCAUAUUGACCAACAAAAUAAUCGGGGAAAACAAAAUAGCAGAUUUGGUAAACUUUUAUUUCUUGGAAUUUUUAUUCACUAACCCCACUGAUAAAUUAAUUAUAUUACAAUCUCUUAGAGAUGCUUUCACUUAUUUGAGUGAUCCAAUUAAUACAUACAUAGUGAAUCAGUUUUGUCAAGAACAAAAAAUUGAUUUACAAGAUAACGACUUUAGAAUGGUGUUAAAUGAUUCAGCAUUAUAA